AGAAAGGGGGAGAGAAUUGGGGGCCCUAGUAAGGAGGGUUACAAGCAGGGCUCAGGCCUCCGAGGUAAGAGACCCCCUUCUUUCGGCCUGCAGGGCUGCACUGAAGGUGGGCUCUCCUACCCCUAUCCCUCUCUCCAGCCCCUAGUUCAACUUCCAAAAAGGCCAAAGGAACACCAGAGACAGCAAUAAAUAUUUGUUCAAAGUGUGAACGAGUAAAGGCGAGGGAAGGGGUGUGUUUUGAAAAUCCAUUCUCAGCCUCCCUGCCAACCACACCCCGGCAGGCACUGCCCUCCCAGAUAAAGGAUAAAGGCUCUCCAGUCUGGAACAGCAAGGAAGGACCCAGCACUUGGUUGCAGGGGCCCUUUGCUCAGAGGGGCUGUUAGAGUAGCCGAGCCAUGCCUAGGUACACGGUGCACGUGCGUGGGGAAUGGCUGGCGGUGCCCUGCCGGGAUGGGAAGCUCACUGUAGGCUGGCUGGGCCGCGAGGCUGUGCGCCGCUACAUGAAGAACAAACCUGACAACGGUGGCUUUGCCUCGGUGGACGAAGUGCGCUUCCUCGUGCGACGGUGCAAGGGCCUGGGCCUGUUGGACAAUGAGGACCUGCUGGAGGUGGCCUUGGAGGACAAUGAGUUCAUAGAAGUGGUCAUCGAAGGCGAUAUAAUGUCUCCGGACUUCAUUCCUUCACAGCCAGAAGGAGUUUUCCUAUACAGCAAAUACCGGGAGCCGGAAAGGUACAUUGCCUUAGAUGGGGACAGUCUGAGCACAGAGGAUCUGGUCAACUUGGGAAAGGGACAUUACAAGAUAAAGCUCACCUCAGUUGCUGAGAAGAAAGUGCAACAGUCUAGGGAAGUCAUCGACAGCAUCAUAAAAGAAAAAACAGUUGUCUACGGCAUCACCACGGGGUUUGGGAAAUUUGCCAGAACUGUAAUCCCUGUCCACAAGCUACAGGAGCUUCAGGUCAACUUAGUUCGUUCACAUUCUGCAGGCGUUGGGAAGCCACUCAGUCCUGAAAGGUGUCGGAUGCUCUUGGCUUUGAGGAUCAAUGUUUUAGCCAAAGGAUACAGCGGGAUUUCCUUGGAGACCCUGAAACAAGUUAUUGAAGCAUUUAAUGCCUCCUGCCUGUCCUACGUCCCCGAGAAAGGAACUGUGGGCGCCAGUGGGGACCUUGCGCCUCUCUCUCAUCUAGCCCUGGGACUCAUUGGAGAAGGAAAGAUGUGGUCCCCGAAGAGUGGCUGGGCUGACGCUAAAUAUGUCCUAGAAGCCCAUGGGUUGAAACCAGUUGUUCUGAAACCCAAAGAGGGCCUGGCGCUCAUUAAUGGCACGCAGAUGAUCACGUCCCUGGGCUGCGAAGCUGUGGAACGAGCCAGCGCCAUCGCCCGGCAGGCUGACAUUGUGGCUGCCUUGACCCUUGAGGUGUUGAAGGGCACCACCAAAGCCUUCGAUACCGAUAUUCACGCUGUCCGCCCUCACCGAGGGCAAAUUGAAGUUGCUUUUCGGUUCCGGUCACUCUUGGACUCAGAUCACCACCCAUCAGAAAUCGCAGAAAGCCACAGGUUUUGUGAUCGCGUCCAGGAUGCAUACACCUUACGCUGCUGUCCACAGAUCCAUGGCGUGGUGAAUGAUACCAUAGCAUUUGUGAAGGACAUCAUUACUACAGAACUGAACAGUGCUACAGACAACCCUAUGGUCUUUGCCAGUCGAGGAGAGACAAUUUCAGGAGGAAACUUCCAUGGUGAAUAUCCAGCCAAAGCCCUGGACUAUUUGGCCAUUGGCGUCCAUGAACUUGCAGCAAUCAGUGAGAGAAGAAUCGAAAGGCUGUGUAACCCCUCCCUCAGCGAGCUGCCUGCCUUCCUGGUGGCUGAAGGAGGGCUGAACUCUGGAUUCAUGAUAGCCCAUUGCACUGCAGCAGCCCUGGUUUCUGAGAACAAAGCUCUGUGCCACCCUUCAUCCGUGGACUCACUCUCCACCAGCGCCGCCACGGAGGACCACGUCUCCAUGGGAGGAUGGGCAGCCAGGAAGGCCCUCAGGGUCAUCGAGCAUGUAGAGCAAGUACUGGCCAUUGAGCUUCUUGCUGCCUGCCAGGGCAUAGAGUUUCUACGCCCCCUGAAAACGACCACUCCGCUGGAGAAGGUGUAUGACCUGGUGCGCUCUGUAGUCAGGCCCUGGAUAAAGGAUCGCUUCAUGGCCCCAGACAUCGAGGCAGCCCACAGGCUACUCCUGGAGCAAAAGGUUUGGGAAGUUGCUGCACCAUACAUCGAGAAAUACAGAAUGGAACAUAUUCCAGAAUCCAGGCCGCUUUCUCCAACUGCGUUUUCAUUAGAAUCACUGCGAAAGAAUUCAGUCACAAUCCCAGAAUCUGACGAUCUUUAAUGGACUUCCUUGUGGUCAGGCACAUCAGACGUGCCUGAGCCCAACACAGCACUGGUGUGCUGAAGGAACAGGAACUGCCAAUGCUCUGUAGAACUCAUCUCUUUUCAAACACUCUCUGCUUAGACCCGUGGCAGCAAUGCAGUCCCUGACCCAAGAGCCUUGUUCUUGUUGCUAUGGUUUGAGCAGUCCUAACUGUCUUAGGGUUGUGUAGGCUUCUUUCUUGACAAUAUAAACAGAGCACUUACUCUUCUUCUUCUUUUUUUUAAUGGUCUUUCAAGACAGGAUUUCUCUGUGUAGCCCUGGCUGUCCUGGAACUCACUCUGUAGACCAGGAGGGCCCCGAACUCACAGAGAUCCACCUUCUGCUGCCUCCCAAGUGCUGGGAUUAAAGGCUUGUGCUACUACCGCCCCUCCAGGCUAUUUACUUCUAAGAAUGGCCACAAUUCCCUAGGCCUAUUUUUACUCUUAAUACUAGGGAAAUCAAUUCAGAGAAUUCUUCUUUAAAACAUUAGAUUUUGUGAGCUUUUUAAAGAAAAAACUUGUCUUGAGAAA